CAAAAGGACCCAUCAUCAUCAACAGGGAGCCAACGCCGGGCCCUGGCCUCUCCUGAAGUGGCGAUAACUUCAGAGAGAAAUCAUCCGGAUCCUUCCAAGUUGAACUACGGAUGUCGGAGGGGGGCCAGAAAUAAAACAUGGCGUUUUCCUUCUCCUUCGCAGGUGACGACAUAGAGGAGGAGGAUCCUCGGCUCGAGGCCCCGGCACCUCCACCACCGCCGCCGGCGAGCGCCCCGUCGGUGGCUUCGCCGUCGACUGCCGGGGCGUUUCCCGUUCAGGGCAAGCCGCUGCUCCCGCCGACGCGGCACGGCCUCGAAGAUCUGCUGUCCGGGUUGCCGUCCAAGAUCGCCUUCAGCCUGCUGGACGUCCCGCUCGCCGACGGCCGCGUCCUCCGGCUGCCCCGGCGCGAGCUGUGGGACGUGCGCGUCCAGCUGAUGGCCGAGGACGACGCCGACAACCCCUCCGCAUCGGACGCCGCCGGCCUUGGGGAGCACGACGUCAAAACGGGCAUCUACGAGGGCGGCUUCAAGAGCUGGGAGAGCAGCAUCGAUCUGGUCAAGGUGCUCGCCGCCGAGAGGGUGGCUGACAUCUUGACACAAGAGCCGUGCGUCUUGAUCGAGCUUGGCUGCGGCACAGCGUUGCCAUCUCUCGCCCUCUUCCAGUGGGCGUUGACUGAAAGGAAGAGCGAUCAGAAGCAGCCCGUGGUACUCUCACUCGCUGACUACAACCCUACCGUCCUCUAUCUCGUGACGUUACCUAAUCUGGUCCUCACUUGGGCGCUGCAGCAGAGGAAAGAGGAUGCCGUCGUCGAGGCGGCCUUCACUCCGGAUGACGAACUGGAGCUGACGCCAGAAGUGCUGGACGCCUUCAGGCAGUCUCUGUCCUCCAACCGGAUCAGCCUCUCUUUCCUGUCCGGAGCUUGGUCCCCAGAGUUUGUCCAUCUCCUGUACGGCGCCGGCAUCUCCGCCGGCGGGCUCCCAGAGACCGCCAGGACGCUCCUGCUGGGUUCGGAGACCAUCUACUCUCCGUUCGCGCUCGAGAGCUUCGCCGGCACUCUUCUCUCCAUCCUCCAGCGCGAGCGCUCCCACCGCCCUGCCGGCCAUGCGCGGGCUCUGGUCGCCGCCAAGAGGCUGUACUUUGGCGUCGGCGGCUCGCUGGACGACUUCGUCGACAAGAUGCGCGGGCUCGGAGCCUCCGUCCGGACCCUAUUCCAAGAGACCAAAGGCGUCCACCGGGGUGUUGUCGAAUGCCUGCUCCCUUGAUACAUGU